AUGUAGUCUAUACUAGCUUUUGUCUGCCUUAUGUCAUUGUUCAUAUUUAGUUUCCAUAGCAACGGCUUACCCUUUGAUUUAUGGUACAAAAAUAAUAUGUUUAAAGUAUGGCUGAUGAAGAAGAAGUAGUUGACGAGGAAGCAGAAGUAGUUCAAGUCGGAAGUGCCGAAAGUGAGUCCGGACUCAGUCCAGUGGAGGUUGAGAAACCUCUUCCACCACCAAAGUAUGAAGUACGGCCAGGACUUGGUGAAAAGUUUCAAGCUCAAAAUGUGAGGGAGAUAAUAAUAUCAACAAUGCAAGAACAAUUGACUGGUAGACAGUACCGCACAGACCAAGCUCCGCGAUGGGCUAAAGUCAUAUCCAAUGCUGUUAGACAAAGAGUUCAAGAUUUAGACAUGAAGAGAUACAAAAUUCUAGUUCAAACAACAGUAUUGGAGAUGAAAGGCGCUGGUAUUAAAUGUGGACAAAGGUGCAUAUGGGAUCCUGAAACUGACGACUAUGUCGGCGAAUUGUUUAGGAAUGACACUAUAUUCUGCCAUACUGUUGUUUAUGGCGUUUAUAUGUACUGACGUGUCUUACUGUAGCGUUAAAAGUAGUAUAUUUUGAAGCUCGAUUUCUAUAUCCCGAAAAUGAUUCGUUUUGUUCCCGAACCUAUACAUUUCGAGCACGAAUUUGACUGAAAUUCGGUUUUUAUAUUCAGAAAACGGUUCGUUUCCCUUAUGAACAAUUAUCACACAUGUUAUGGACCGUUAAAGUUCGAACAAGCAUAUUAAAAAUUUUACGAUUUAUUCGCAAAACCAACCGCUCUCUGAACAUAGAACCUAGGUAUAAAUGACUGAAACCCGGUUCCUAAUGUAAUAAAAUUAUAAUCCUAAUAGUUAAAUUUCGAACAUGUGUUGUUCAAGAAUUAAGGGUUCGUGAGUAAAACGAAUUAUCAUGAAAUAUGACGCCAUUUUACCGGCGAACCAACGUUGUAAAAUGUCGGAGUUGUGAAUGUGAUUUUAUUUA